UACACCCAAACACAUGACCCAGACGUAACCCUAAACCUAACAGCUCGCGAGAUUUGGCCGUAGCUGUAUCCUCUUUAGUCAGAACCCUCACGAGUCUUGACAUGUGUGUGGUAGAGCUACAGUAUAAGGUUCAAGCAUCAUAGUGGAAGGAAACACAUACCCAUUACAUCAACGUUUUACUUGCACUAGAGUUUUUUUUAUUUUCUUUAUAUGGCUGUCUAUUCCAUCAUGGUGGAGUAGACUCCUUUUGGGAUGUCAAGCAGAGAGAAAGACUUUUUAGGACACCCUAUGAUAACAUUUUUAUGUUAGUGUUAAUUUUUAUUUAAUCAUGAUUGUUCUUUUUCACUUAAAAAUAUGUUUUUGUCAUUGUAGUCGAGGUGUUUCUUAUGGUGAUCCAGGGUGAGAUGCAGUUGGGAAAUCUUACAAGAUUUACCAGCUGUGUGGGGCGGUUUUUGAGUAGCACGCAUGGUUAUUUUAUUGGUUGUUGUGUUACCAGUUCUUUUAAGAAAUCCACGUAAUGUGGUAAUCGUGUCCAAAUAUGUGGUGUAAUCCAGUCAUGUCGCAAGGAAGAUGAUUUCAUCAGGAAGGAUUUUUGGUCAGGUCUUAUGUUCAAGUAACUUUGUUUCUUUUUCUGUUCUGUAAUUCUUCUUAUUUCAAACGGAUCAUUUAAAGGGAUAGUUCACUCCAAAAUGAAAAUUUUGUCAUAAAUCACUAAGUCCUUUGAUCGUCUUCGGAAUACAUUUUAAGAUAUUAUUGAUGAAAACCGGGAGGCUUGUGACUGUCUCAUGAACCGCUAUAUAACCAACACAAUUCAAGCUCAGAAAAGAAUGAAAGACAUAACCAAAAACGUCAAUGGUGCCAUCAGUGGUUCAAUCAAAAUAUUAAAUAUGUUAGCACAAAAGUGUUCUCAACACUUGAUAAUAUUCUGAUUGAACCACUAACGGCACAUGGACAUUUUUCUUGGGUUGAAUAGUGUCAUUUAUAUAUCAGUCUACAGGACUGUCACAAGCCUCCCAUUUUUUAUCAGACAAAUCUAAAAAUGUAUUAUGAAAACAAUCGAAAGACUUGAGGGUUUGAAACUGCACGGUAGUAAUUGAUUUAUGAUAGAAAUUUCAUUUUGGACUGAACUGUCCCUUUGAUACAUAGGGUGUUACAAUGAAGUCUUUCUCUCUGCUGGACAUCCCCUUUCUCUCUUUAUUUUGUAAUGGAAAUCCUACAAAAUAGUGCGUUCUUGCGGAGUUUGUGCCGUAACAGCGCCCCUGCAGAUCUGCAGUAUGAUAAUUCCUCUGAACUCUAUCGCAUAUCGACAUAUGCCAAGUUUCCUACCUCUGCUCCAGUGACAGAGAGGAGUCUCGCGCGGGCAGGAUUUUAUUAUACCGGAAUAGGUGAUCGUGUCCAGUGUUUUCGGUGCAAUAUAACCGCCGAUAACUGGCAGUCUGGAGAUUGCCCUGCAGAGAAGCAUAAACAUCUAUCUCCUAACUGCAGCUUCAUUCAGAGUUUACCUGCUACCGCAAACCUCCUGUCGUCUUCCCAUUCCGCUUUCUCUCCUCUUCGCAAUGUUGCGGUCCUACAACUGUCAGCACCUGCAACGGUGGGAGGAUCAACCACAGCCGCCCCUUCUUCAGGCCAGACAGAGGACCAAGUAUGUUACUUGAACAUGGGAUUCAGCAACCUGGCCCCUUCCAGUCCAAAUUCCUCCCGUGGUAUAGACGAUACGUCUCACCCACGACCGCCAGCUUGUCACAAUCCCGGCAUGCGUCGGGAACAGGAACGACUCGAUACUUUUCAGAAUUGGACGAUCGCCACCAUAACUCCAAGUGAACUCGCCAAAGCUGGUUUCUACUACCUUGGGCAAGGCGAUAGGGUGGCUUGCUUCAGUUGCGGAGGUCAGCUCAGCAGCUGGGAACCAGGAGACAGGGCAGUAUCCGAGCACCAGAGGCAUUACCCAAACUGCCGCUUUGUUCGUGGAGACCGCGCGGACAAUGUGCCGUUAUCUGGUGCUGGCCUUUCCAAUGUAUCUAACUCGGCAAUGCAACAGUGCGAGGAACGAUUACUGACGUUUGUCAACUGGCCUUCAAGAAUACCCGUUCGGCCGGACCAGUUGGCUAAAGCUGGCUUUUACUAUGUUGGUCGCAAUGAUGACGUGAAGUGCUUUUGUUGUGACGGUGGACUCAGAUGCUGGGAGUCUGGUGACGAUCCAUGGGUUGAACACGCCAAGUGGUUUCCGAGAUGUGAAUACCUUUUGCAAGAAAAGGGCCAAGAAUUUGUUCAUCAGAUUCAAGCAAGGUUUCCAAGACUUUUUGAACAGCUUUUGAAUAAUGGAGAUAGCAACUCAAGGGAAUUUGUUGAUCCUCCUGUUGUACAUUUGGGUCCAGGAGAGGACCGUUCAGAAGAUGCGGUGAUGAUGAACAAUCCUGUGGUAAAGUCUGCCUUAGAGAUGGGAUUUGAACGUGGCCUGGUGAAGCAAACUGUCCAGAGCAAAAUACUCACUAGUGGAGAAAACUAUAAAACUGUUCAGGAACUGGUAUCUGAUUUACUAAGUGCAGAAGAUGAAAAAAGAGAAGAAGAAAGAGAGCUACUCGCUGAAGAAAUGGCAUCAGAUGGUUUUACUUUCCUGAAGAAACAUCACGUCGCCUUAACGCAGCGUCUGAAAAGCGUUCGGAGCUUAAUGGAUCAUCUUCUCGAGGAAACUGUUAUUUCACAGGAGGAGUAUGAUACUAUACGCAACUGCACCACAGUCAAGCAGCAAACCGGGCAGCUCAUUGAUUUAGUUUUGGCGAAAGGAAACGCAGCGGCAGAGGUUUUUCGCAACUGGAUCAAGAAGAAUGACGUGUACUUGUUGAGAGAACUAAUGGCCCAGACAAAUGAAGCUGCAUCACCGAGUCAAGAUCUUUCAGACUUGCCCAUGGAGGAACAGUUGAGAAGACUCCAAGAAGAGCGCACAUGUAAAGUGUGCAUGGAUAAGGAGGUGAACAUUGUCUUCAUUCCCUGUGGGCAUUUAGUGGUGUGUAAAGAGUGUGCGCCUUCAUUACGCAAGUGCCCGAUAUGUAGAGGAUUGGUCAAGGGCACUGUUCGUACUUUCCUCUCAUAAGAAGUUAAUAGAAAAUGAAGUAUAAUUUUCUAUUAAGUAAAUUAUACAAAAAAAUAAACUAACCAAAUUAAAUAAACAAUUAACUUCU